CUGCUUGGGUUUUUACAUAUUUUAGAGGGGAAAUUUGAAUCAUGCUCUCUCUUAAGAAAAGAAAUGCCUAUCAAAUUACCAGAAAAGUAAACAUUGAAAUUUCUGAAAAACAAAAAUUCGACAUCAAUCUGAAAACUUUAAAUUCCCAAGUAAAAAGCAAAAAAGCAAAAAUUGUCUCCUAUUCUCCAAACAGCGUUGGAAUUUGUAAAUGUCAUUCGGCGACAGUCAGACACAUGUGAGUCUAUCAAACGAAACGUCAAGUAUCGCGCUCAAUAUUUUCGCAAACAUUACCGUCGACAGCCAAACCGUGCAGCACGCGCGGUUUUACUUCGUUGUCUUUGAAUCGCUGAAUUUCCAUUGGAGUUUCAUUUUUAAACACUUUAUUCAACUAGAGCAACAUAAAAGAGUCCGUGCAGUGAUUAGAUUCAAUAAAAGUGACGAAAAAAAGAUGGCAUUGGCAUUUCAAAGCGGUGAGUCUGUAAAACAGGCAUUGUUUGAAGAGCUACAGAACAUUUUGAGCGCUGACAAAGAUAUUCGUACGAGCGCCGAAGGAAGAAUUCACCAGCUUGAAUUCACUGAAGGUUAUGGCGUAUUUUUGGCUGAGUUUACGAUGAACCAAAGCUUUGACUUGGCUCUGCGGCAAUUGGCUAGUGUGAUGCUGAAAAAAUACGUGGAGGAUCAUUGGGCAAAUGAUGAAAAUGUCGAUCACAUAAAAACCGUUGUGGCUACGAAUCAAGCGAAGGAAAUGAUUCGCAAAAUCCUACCAAAUGGUUUGUACGAUCCAAAUAGCAAGAUCCGUGCAUCGGUAGCGUACACAAUCUCAACGAUAGCCUCAAUUGAUUGGCCACACACAUGGACCGAUCUGUUUGAUAUUAUCGUAAAGUGUCUUGGCGGUAAUGAGGAUUCCAUCCAUGGUGCCAUGCAAGUGCUGGUCGAAUUCUCUUAUCAUCUGGAUAGUCAAGUUGCCGUCGUUGGCCCGGUGAUUUUGAACGAAAUUUAUCGCAUCUUUGAAGCCGAACAGAUGUACAGUGUGAGCACACGAACAUGUGCCGUGACCAUAUUCAAAUCUCUACUGAAAGCAAUCAACCAGAACAUGCCAAACAAAGAGGAAAAAGCAAAAUUGUUGAAUCCUGUGUUGCCAAUAUUUAUAAAUAAGCUGAUCAGCGCACUGGGCACUCCAACGGGACAGCACACUAGUUUUGCACUCAAAACGGAAAUUAUUAAAGUUCUAACGUACAUGGUGAACGAAAUGUCGAAGUUCAUUCAAACAUAUAACGACCAAAUCCUUCCACCUGUUUGGCAAUUGCUAACCCAAACGGCUGAGAUCUACGUAAAGGCUGUGGUCAACGAAACUGACUCUGAGAAUGGCCAAGAAGAUGAUGAGUUGAACAAUUUCAUUACAUUGGUGUUGCAACUGUUUGAAUUCAUACAUUCGAUUGUCGAGCAACAUCGUUUUCAAUCGAUUGUGAAAACAGUGCUUACCGAUUUGGUUUACAUAUCCAUUGUAUACAUGCAAAUUAGCGAAGAGCAGGUGGCCGCAUGGAGUGAUGAUGCUGAGCUGUAUGUGGAUGACAUGAGUGCGGAAAUCGUUGAAUGUUCGAUUCGUGUUUCGAGCAAAGAUGUUUUGGUGAAUAUUGGUGAUGAAUUCGGGGCCGAAGUGUUGCUGCCAUCGAUUUCGGAUGCUCUCACUCGUCAUGUUCAAGUCGCUGAAGCGGAAAAAAAUGCAAAUAACCCACAUUGGUGGAAGAUUAUUGAGGCAUCUGUCACAGCUGUGGGCUUCCUGAAGAAGUACAUUGUUGAAACGCCCGAAGCAAAGCGAAAGAGUUUCAAUUUACGCGAAUAUUUGGCAUACACAAAGACCAUGCUUGGCCAAGGCGGAAAUGGUAGCGGUUAUCAAGGUGAUGUCUCACCAUUUUUGCACGGCAGAUGCUUGUGGGUUCUAAGCAAAUAUGCCGAUGUUUACGAUCGAGCCAAUUUGCAAGCAAUACUCGACUGUAUGACCAACAAUUUGAACGGAGCCAAACCGAUGUUGGUUCAAAUCAGUGCAUUGAGAGCAUUAUUUGAGCUUUGCACAGACUUGAAAACGGCAUCAGACGAACAGAGAAGCAUGAUCAUCGAAAAGUUACCCAGUUUUUUGAAUUUCAUCACUGACAUCGCCACACGAGCCAAAGGUAGCAUUCUCAUCGAUGUGUUGUCUACUAUUUCGGCAGUUGCAGCAUUUGACAAAAACUUCACGGCCAACAACCACUCGAAGAUGAUUUCAUUCACAAUUGCCAUGUUUUUGAAGAGCUUCGAAGAUCCAUUCGUUUUGCAGGAGGUGCAGGAAAUUAUUUGCGUUUUGGCCGAGAACGAGUUUUGCAUUGUGGCACUUCAGGAACGUUUGGUGCCCACUUUGGUGAGCAUUUUGAACUUGGAAAAUAAUGCUGAUUUGGUAAAGAAAAACUGCAUGCAAGACACGGCCAUUGACAUUCUUUCUUCAGUUGUGCAACAUUCACCGGCUCCAUUGAGCCCAGUUUUGGUGAAUACAGCAUUCCCAGCAACGGUCAAGUGCAUUCUGAGCACUGACGACAAUGCGAUCAUGCAAAGCGGCGGUGAAUGUUUGCGCACAUUCAUCAGCGUUGCUCCCGAACAAAUUUGCUCGUAUAACAAUGGCGAAGGUCUCAACUACAUCAUGCAAGUGGCCACCAUGCUGCUGAAUCCGAUGUCAAAUGAAUACACGGCCACAUUUGUCGGCCGGUUGAUUAUCACGAUCGUAACAAAAGCGGGCAAUUUCCUUGGUGAAAACAUUCAGUUGCUACUGAAGGCUGUGAUUAGUAAACUGCAAUUGGUCGAAGCGUUGAAUGUCGUUAUGAGUCUGGUAAUGACAUUUGCUCAUUUGAUCAUAACCCAAAUGGAUGCUGUGCUGAAUUUCUUGAGCACCGUCCCAGGACCGACCGGCGUCGAACCAGCUAUUCAGUUUGUAUUGUCAAAUUGGCUUCCACGACAACCAAUGUUCUACGGUACAUACGAGCGCAAAGUAAGCACAAUGGCACUUUGUAAACUGUUCGAGCACGGUGUUACAACGAACGAUGUCCGUUUGGUAUCGGUUAACAUUCGUGAUAUGGUUGAAAUAAAUGUGCCAAAUACUGGACGUAUCCGAACGCGCCAACAAACAAAUAACGUUCAACAACAAUGGGUCAACGUUCCUGUCAUGGUGAAAAUUUUCAAGCUGUUGAUCAACGAAAUGAACCAUUUGAAUGAAACUAUCUUGUUUGGCGAUGAAAGCGAUUGCACCGAAGACGAUAAUGAAUUGACAGAUGAAACCGGUGCAAAUCAUCAGCAAAAUGGCGGCGGUGCCAUUGGCGGUGGCGGCGGCUCACCACAAAAAGUAUUUCACACAUCAGACCUUUGGUACGAUGAUGAGGAGGAUGAUGAAGACGAUCAAUUGCUCAAGGAAUUGGAACAAGAUCCAAUCUUUCAGACCAGCCUAAAAGAAACACUUACGAAAUUCUUACAAAACUUUGCCACCACCGACAACUUCGCCGAAUACGCACAACAUCUGAAUGAGGACGAAAAAAACAUUUUGCGACGAAUUCAAGUGAAUUUAAAUGAGUAAUGUAAAGAAAAACUACGCUUUGGAAUUAUUUUUCUGAGAACAAAAGAAGAAACGAUUUGGAAAUUAAUUAUUAUCGAUAUGACUUCAAUUGCUAUUCAUAUGUAAUAAUAAAAAAUCUAAUUUUGUCUAACAA